AUGCUCGGGGAGACCAGAUUUGGCGCUAUGCUUCAAUUUGAGGGAGUUGUUCGGUCUAGAUCCGUUACCCUAAUGAUGGUAACUUUAGGGCACCGCUUCCCCGUGGCUCUUGCUACGCGUUAGGAGAACGAUCGAAAGGAGAUCAAGCUAGUUCGCAAUCGGAUUUGUGAGCUGCUUGACUUGCCUGUACCUAAACCGAUGAACUCUGGACCCCUAAGCGCCGACAGCGAAGCUAGUGGUUUGACAUCUUGUUGUUCAACUCCAUCUGUUGCCUCAAAGUAG